AUGUCGGCGCCUACCUUCCAUUUUCUCGAUCCUCUCAACCAGAUACAUGGCGCGGAGCUUGACAGCCUGCUGGGUCGCUUCGUUCUUGACCGGUGGCACCCCACGGUGCAGGCCAACGAGCCACCUGACCCGUCCAUCAUCAUUACUCCCGAGUUUCUCAGCGAGGACCUCGAAUUUGGCAAUGCCGAGAUGUACAUCACCACAAUCUCGCAUCUCUCUGCGCAAGCAGCCGCGCGUAAGGCUCUCUCAGCGAACGGCGCUCGCACACAGGAAGGCGACGUGCACCUUUCCAGUGUCCAGGUGAUGAGGCGUGGAGUAAGGCAUGCCCCGUCAGCCUUCAACGCACUGAUGGCCGACGAGCAUGUCGUGAACAGAGUGCGCCGAAUGAUGCGCACUGCGGGAACGCACCAAGUUUGGAUGAUUACGGCAGUGUUGUACGCAACGGAUGCCCAUGUCAAGACGAACGCCACGAGGUCGAAAGAGGCGGAUGUCAAGGUCAAGAUGCAGCUACCGGUCGGGGCGGCAGCGGGGGCGGCGAUAGGGGCUCCUGGCGUGGGACCGACGGCACUGGAUGUCGACGUGGUGGAGGGAUCAGUUUCGCAUCAGCAGCAGUCCGCAGCCGGCAUGGAGGCUGAUAUGACAGGCCACCGUGUGUUUGCGGUGCAGUACUGGCGUUGUGAAGACCCGAAGUUCUUUGACAGGCUCCGGGGGAAGAUGUCGCUCCGUGGUAAAGGGCUCCAGAAUGUGGAUGCGGGAUAUAAGGGCUUGGGAGAAUCAGACCAUGAGGAUGACGAGAGCAGUGAUGAUGAUGAGAAGGCUCCGCCAUUAGUUCUGAAAGAAUGCGUGGAGGUUUAG